AUGUCGCAAGCGGAACCUCUAACUUCAAAUGUGCGACCAGCAACUGACUCGUUGAUAACUAUACGGAUAAUCAAAUCUUUCCCCUACCGUAACGUGAAAAACAUAAUCAUCAAAGACAUAAACUUGAAAUCUACCACCCCCCUACAAUUGCUAGAGCAAGUUAAAAGUGAGAUCAACACCAGUGGCGCCUUGAGACCAUUUAGGAACGUCGAGUAUGACGCUUUGAAAAUCUACACUCAAGCGCACGGAUCAAAGUCUAUGAACCUAGUGAUCAAUUUCGAAAACGACGAGGAGUGGACGCUUGUCAAGAUGGGGAAAGAGACGCGAGAUGGCGGUUUGUGGGACCUUGGUGUUUGCAACGAAACUGAAAUCAGUGUGUUUAACUGGCAAGCGUACCUUGAAUUCAAGCAAAACCCAGAGGAAAAAUGGUAG